GUUCCCAUGAUUCCGUGCGAAAUAGUUCUUACUGGCAGAAAACGGGAACAGAAGACGAAUCAAUAGACAAGGAAGACAUCCUGGAUGUCUUAACUGUUAAGUUAUGUACUAAAAAUCAAAGAAUUCGUCUUUGCCGUCCUUUAGAAAAUUGAUAAAGAUCGUGUUAAAUCGUGACAACUAAAAUAUAGCGUGGGGAAAACAUAGUUUAUAUAGUAUCCAAGGCAACAAUUUUCUUUUUACUAGACCGUUAGAUAAGAAGCAAACAUGGCGUCUGACGGUGAAACAGUAAAAGUCAUUGUAAGAUGUCGACCAAUGAAUUCAAGAGAAAAGGACUUAAAAUGCAACACCGUCAUAGCUAUGGAAGGCAAAAGAGGUCAAUGUUCAAUCCGGAACCCAGAUGACAAGAAGGCACCACCAAAGAUGUUUACCUUUGAUGGGGCAUAUUUCGUAGACUCUACAACGGAGAAUAUUUACAAUGAAAUAGCUUAUCCAUUAGUAGAGGGUGUGACAGAAGGAUAUAAUGGAACAAUUUUUGCAUAUGGUCAAACUGGUUGUGGGAAGUCUUUCACCAUGCAGGGUAUAACAGAUCCUGCCUCCCAAAGAGGAGUUAUUCCAAGAGCUUUCGAUCAUAUAUUUGAAACAGUCUCUGUAGCAGAAAGUACCAAAUUUUUACUCCAUGCAUCGUACUGUGAAAUUUACAAUGAGGAAAUUCGUGAUCUUCUUGGGAAAGACGCAAAACAAAAACUGGACCUAAAAGAACACCCGGAAAAGGGAGUCUAUGUCAAUGGACUCACAAUGCACCCAGUACACAACGUCCAUGACUGUGAGAAGAUCAUGCAGAAGGGUUGGUCAAACAGAGCGGUGGGAGCCACCCUGAUGAAUGCUGACUCCUCGAGGAGCCACUCAAUUUUCACCAUCAACAUCGAGAUGGUGACCGAGGAUGAAGCCGGGGAGGAACACAUCAGAGCGGGGAAACUAAAUCUUGUCGACUUGGCAGGAAGCGAACGACAGGCUAAAACAGGUGCAACUGGUGACAGACUGAAAGAGGCAACCAAAAUCAACCUGUCCCUGUCAGCCCUGGGAAAUGUAAUCUCUGCCCUGGUCGACGGCAAAUCCAAACACAUCCCGUACAGAGACUCCAAACUGACCAGGCUUCUGCAGGACUCACUGGGAGGCAACACCAAAACUCUGAUGGUGGCCUGUCUGUCUCCCGCGGACAACAACUACGAUGAGACCCUGAGCACGCUCCGUUAUGCCAACCGUGCCAAGAACAUCCAGAACAAACCCAAGAUCAACGAGGAUCCGAAGGAUGCCCUACUGAGACAGUACCAGGAGGAGAUUGAGAAGCUGAAGGCCAUGUUGAUGGGGCAGAUCCCACUGCCAGAGGGAGGGCUGGGUAACAUCGAUGCCUCCAAAAUGCAGAAACCCAAAAAAGAUUCUGAAUCAUCAACAAGAGAAGAACUUGAGGAAGAAAAGCAGAGAUUACGAGAGGAAUAUGAUGCAAAACUUGAAGGAAUGAAGGAAGAGUUUGAAAGAGAGAAAAGUGAUAAGAAGAAAAUCCAGCAAGAUAUGCUGAAGCUGCGAGCGUUUUACGACACCAAAUUGUCCUCGGUGGAUGGCCAGAUUGCUGUGUUACCCCCAACAUCUGCAGUACUAGGAGAGGUAGAAUGGCAGGAUGAGAACGGGCAGAUGCUAAAAUUGGAUGAGGAUGUGUUUUCCAGUGGUACGGAGCCCCAGCCUGGACAAAAAGUGGUGACACAGUCUGAUCAAAAAGUGGUUACUCAAUCUGGACAAAAAGUGGUAACUCAAGAUGGUAAAACUGCUGUGGUUGCAUCAGCUCAAGCUGGCCAGCAAGUGGAGACAAGUGAUGGUAAAGUGGUUGUUCUACCACCUGGAAGUCAAGUGGUAACAGACACAGAGAGUGGGCAACAACAGAUAAUCACUCCUGAUGGCUCAGUGGUAGUGGCAGCCAGUGGACAGACAGUAUCCGUACAGCCCCCUAAGCCGGCGAUCAAAACCACUGCUGACGGUAAGGUGAUCGUCAUUGACUCGGAUGGACAAGAAGUCGUUCAGCAGCCUGGUAUACCGGUGGUAAUGCAGGAUGGGCGAACAGUGAUGGUUGAUCCAAAAACGGGUAGGCAAGUGGUGAAGCAGACAGUGGUAGUGGUCACGCCCAACAACCAGAUGGUUAAUGAGGACGGCAAUCUAGUCAACGAGAAAGGUCAGCUGAUCAACCCUCAGGGCCAGGUAGUGGAUGCUUAUGGGCGGGUCUUGACAGAGGAGGAGCUGGCUCAAGCCAAUGCUGUAGCUGGCGAGACAAAGGUGAUAAUCAAGACAGUCACAAACACCGAGUACAUCAAGACUACAGAGUUUGUGGAGGUGGAGAAGUCCGCCGGCCCGGAAUCUGUGUCGGGAGUCAGUCUACCCGAGGGACCAGUAGUUCAAGGAAAACAGGCUGUAAAAGCUGAUGGGACACCUGGGGACCAGGAAUAUGAGGAGGGUACGGCCAUAAUCAUGGGCGGGGCCCCGGUACUGGAACAUGAGGGCCCCAUAGCACCUAACUCCUCCCCCACCCAGUCCAACAUGCAGGACCAGAUGAAGCUUCACCAAGAGGAAGCCUACAGGAGGUUACAAGAACUGGAGAAGCAGAUGGUAGGAGGAGAGAAGAAAGAUGAUACUGUGGCCAAGGAAAGACGAAGGAAGAGAAAACUGUUUGCUGAUGAGAGAAAGCAGAAACUUGCAGAGGCCAUUGCCAAUAUGGAUGAUGAUUUUAUCCUGCUGCAGAUUUAUGAUGAAACUCAGGAUGAAGUCCGAGAUAAAGAUUUAGAAGUCAGGAAAAUAGAAGCAAAGAAUGAAAGCUUGCAGAGAGAAAUAAUAGACCUGCAGUCGGAGUUUCAGUUCGAGAGAAUCGACUACCUGGACACCAUCCGGAAACAAGAGAAGGACCUCGCCCUGCUCCAGGCUCUGCUGGACAAGGUCCACCCUUGUCUGAGGAGGGACUGCAAUUACGCCAACAUGGACAGGAUUAGGAGGGAAUGCAAGUGGGACGAGGACGAGGGAAAAUGGAUCCUACCGCGAAUGUCUAUCAAUAACACGGCCCUGCCUGUAGCUGAAAAUGGAUUCAGUUCUGCACCCAAAAUGAAUCAUAGCGAUACAGAAAUGAGAACAGGAUAUGAAGAAAAUGAGGCCGUAAUGCCAGCUGGUCGGCCAGGCGAGGGAAGAAAUCGAUCAAGGCUGUCUAACGGUGAUGUCCAAGCCAGCAUGUACGACAACGAGGAAGACCGCUUCAGAGAUAAAAUUAUGAGGAAGGACGAUAACUCACACAAUUAUUUCCAAGGAAAACGAGCAAGUCAGCUUCUCCAGUCUAACGACCCAAUCAACAGAUUCAAUAUAAACGAAGUGAAGACAGCAUACAGCUUAAAGAGUCCACGGGGGUCGAUGACCAAUGGUCACAAGACUGAUGACCCGAUGAGUAAGGGCCUCCGCGCUGCCGCUGUUCACGGUCAGCUGCUGCAGGAGGACACUAUGGUCAGGAAACCCACUCGCCUCGAUGCGCUGCCCUCGGUCAACUCCAAGAAAGGCAAAAAGAAGAAAAAUUCCCUGGACCCUUUGUGAUGAAGGCCAUAAUUUCUGUACGAAUCGAGAGAUUAUUAGGGUUCAGAUGCAAUCAACUUUAUAUUCAAUCGUGAACUUUUUAAAAUUAUUCCUUUUCUUUGAUCAAA